AUAGCAACCCUCACUUUCUGUGCCCAGUAAUUGCUACCACACGACAGCUCCCUCCACUCUCAACUCUCCUAUUUCAUCAUCAUCCUCGUCAAUCGUUUCAGUACAGACAGACAGACACACAGACAGACGGACCAUAUCGAAUCGAUACUCCCGAAACAAUAAUCCGCCAUGUUAACUCAUCCACAGCCUCACAUUGCAAUGUUCUCCACCGCCGGGAAAGGCCAUCUAAUUCCCAUUAUUGAGUUAGCUCGCAAGCUCCGACGCCUCCACGGCUUCACUAUCACCGUCGCCGUCGCCGACGCCGGAUCCCAAUCGUUAAAAAACCUCUUCCCGACGGAUCCAGGCAUAAUUCCAGUCUUUCUCCCGCCUGUCUGCGCCCCCCACGACUUCCCUGAAAACGCACUGAUCGAAACCAGGGUAGUGAUCACUGUCCUCCGAUUUAUUCCAGGUCUCCUGCAAUUGCUGCGCGAGCUGCACCAGUCGGCUCGGCUCUCGGCUUACGUGGCUGACCUCUUCGGCGCAUUUACAUUACCGGCGGUGAAGGAGUUAGGCAUUCCGGCGUACCUGUUCUACUCUAGUGGAGCCAAGGCGUUAUCUUGUGCUUUCUUAUACUUUCCACCUGAGCUGGAGCCGGAGCCGGAGCCGCUGGACCUGUCGGGCCGGGCUCUGGAUACGGGCCUGGACGGAGAAGCUCAGAAUUUUCAAGUGAUCGUGGCGAUGUGUAGGAAGUUCAGACUAGCCGAGGGCAUUUUGGUCAAUUCCUUCCCCGAUAUGGAGCCGGAUGCUUUCCGGUUUUUUGCGGAACCCGGCGGUUCGGGUCCUGUUCCACCGGUUUACCCUGUCGGCCCGUUGGUCCGUGCGGGCUCGGGAAAUGGUGGAGACGACGACAGGGAGUGUUUGGAGUGGCUAGACAAGCAGGACGACGGGUCGGUUGUGUACGUGGCGUUUGGCAGCGGGGGAACCUUGUCGACCGUACAGUUGAAAGAAUUGGCGAGGGGAUUGGAAAUGAGUGGCCGGAGAUUUAUUCUCGUCGCCGGAAAACCGAACGAUAGGCUCCGCCAUGCCCAAUAUUUUACCGGCGGCGGCGAACGUGAUGCGCCGGAACCUGUCGAGUACUUUCCGGCGGGUUUUAUUGCGAGGACGGCGGGAAACGGCUUCGUGCUGCGACGGUGGGCUCCUCAAAUUGAGAUCCUGAGGCACCCGGCGGUUGGCGGAUUUCUGACGCACUGCGGAUGGAAUUCAACGUUGGAGAGCAUCGUUCAUGGAGUUCCUUUGAUCGCGUGGCCGCUCUUCGGCGAGCAGGAAAUGAACGCCGACCUGUUGUGCCGAGAGCUGAAAGUGGCGCUGCGAUUUAGGGUUAGGGAGGACGAGGACGAUGACGGCGCAGUGGAUGGCGAGGAGAUUGCGAGGGUGGUGAGAGAGUUGAUGGAAGGGGAAGAAGGAGCGGAGGUGCGGCGCCGGACGAAGGAUCUCCGGGAGGCGGCGCGUGGAGCUCUCGGGGAAGAUGGGUCCGCCAUUAAAGCACUUGUCACUGCUGCUGAGAAAUGGAAGCCAAUGGAGAAAAUUGGUACAAUGUAAUUAUUAUUUAAAUUAAUAAAAAAGAAAAGUUUAAUUAAAAAAGAAAAAGAAGUGGGCCCGUUGGGCUCUUUCCAAAGAAAA